GUUAAUUUUGCCCGUAAACUUCGACAAGUCAGUGAAGUCAGCGAGUGUUGACGUUGUGUUGUGCUGCUGACGGGAAGUGGGGCGUCGGUCCUUGUGUUGCCUGUAACGCCGAGCACACUGAAGAAGAGCAGCAAUGGGGACUCAGGAGCAGCCUUGCUACACCCUCAUACAGGGCCCGACAGACACUGAGCAGCCCUCAGAAAUGCAGCUCAAACAAGAUUUAGAAAAUGGUGACAUUCCUGUCAAAACUGCUGCUCUGAAGAAAGUUAUACAACUGAUCCUGAAUGGGGAGCGCCUUCCAGCCAUACUCAUGACAGUGAUCCGCUUUGUGAUGCCCCUGGAGGACCACACAAUUAAAAAGCUUCUACUUGUGUUCUGGGAGAUUGUUCCCAAGACAACCUCGGAUGGCAAGCUCCUACAACAGAUGAUCCUUGUCUGCGAUGCUUAUAGGAAGGAUUUGUCUCACCCAAAUGAGUUCAUCCGAGGAUCCACUUUAAGAUUCCUCUGUAAGCUGAAGGAACCAGAGUUGCUAGAGCCUCUGAUGCCUACCAUCCGCACCUGCCUUGAACACAGGCACUCCUAUGUGCGCAGAAAUGCUGUGCUUGCAAUUUUCACCAUUUACAAGAACUUUGACUUCUUAAUUCCUGAUGCACCUGAACUUAUCUCAAACUUCUUGGAAGGAGAACAAGAUAUGUCUUGUAAGAGGAAUGCUUUCAUGAUGCUGAUACACGCUGACCAAGAGCGGGCAUUAAAUUAUCUUUCCACCUGUAUUGAUCAAGUGAACUCUUUUGGGGACAUCCUUCAGCUGGUCAUUGUAGAACUCAUUUAUAAGGUGUGUCAUGCUAACCCAGGGGAGAGGGCACGAUUCAUAAGAUGCAUCUACAACCUCCUCAACUCUAGCAGUCCUGCUGUCCGCUAUGAAGCUGCUGGCACCCUGGUUACACUCUCCUCUGCUCCAACAGCCAUCAAGGCCGCAGCAAACUGUUACAUUGAGCUGAUUGUGAAGGAGAGUGAUAACAAUGUCAAGCUGAUUGUCCUUGACCGUCUGGUAGCCCUGAAAGACACACCACAGAAAGAAAAAAUAUUGCAGGAGUUGGCUAUGGAUGUCUUGCGCAUCCUCUCCACUCCUGACCUUGAAGUCCGCAAAAAAACUCUAAACCUGGCCCUGGAGCUUGUGACCAUGCGCUCUGUGAAUGAAAUGGUAGAGGUGCUGAAGAAGGAGGUGGGCAAGACACACAACACAGUUGAGCACGAGGACACAGGGAAGUAUCGGCAGCUGCUUGUUCGUACGUUGCACACGAUUAGCAUGAAGUUCCCAGAAGUUGCAGCAAAUGUCAUCCCAAUCCUGAUGGAUUUCCUUUCGGACAACAAUGAACUUGCUGCCACUGAUGUGUUGGUAUUUGUGAGGGAAGCCAUUCAGAGGUUUGAGGGACUACGUGCUCAGAUCAUUGAGCGCCUCCUGUCUGCCUUGCCAACCAUCUGUUCUGUCACUGUCCAUUGUCACACCCUGUGGAUCCUGGGAGAGUAUGCCUCAACAGCUGGAGAGAUCUUGGGGGUUGUAUCAUCUGUUCGUGGAAGCCUUGGAGAUCUGCCUAUUGUAGAGGAUGAGAUGCGAAAGGCCGCAGGUGAGGCAGGAGAAGAGGAAGGAGCUGGAGAAAAGGCCGUGCAUCAUCAGCAGCAACAACAGCGGGUUACAGCUGAUGGAACUUAUGCUACUCAGUCUGCCUUCUCAUCAACUACAUCAAAGAGCAAGGCUGAUGACCGACCUCCUCUGAGGAAGUACCUCCUGGAGGGAAACUUUUAUCUGGGAGCUGUCAUUGGCAACACACUCGUCAAGCUGGCAUUCAGGUACAUUUCAAUGGAAGCACAUCCAAGCAAGCAGAAUUCUUUUUGUGCUGAGGUGAUGCUGGUGAUUUCAUCCAUUGUUCAUCUAGGCAAGUCUGGCCUGCCUCAAAAAUCCAUGACUGAAGACGAUUACGACCGCAUGAUGCUGUGCUUGCAGGUUGUCUCAGAGCGCACACCCAGCCUGGCCUCGGUGUUCACAGAGCAGUGUCGCACGGCUUUGUCGCACAUGCUUCUGGCAAAGACCGAGGAAGAAGAGGCUCAGCGUCGUGACCGCAAAUCCACAAAAGUCAUUGAACAUGUCGAUGACCACAUCGCAUUUUCACACUUGACUAAAGGCAGUGACAUAUCUUCAGCUGAUGACAUAUUUGAUCUCUCCAUGUCCAUGGCUGUUAGUGGAGGGAAGAAGGAAGGUGUGGAUCUGAGCACAAGCAAAUUAAGCAAGGUGACACAACUCACUGGAUUCAGCGAUCCUGUGUAUGCCGAGGCAUAUGUGCACAUCAACCAGUAUGACAUUGUUUUGGAUGUUCUCAUUGUGAAUCAAACUUCAGACACACUACAAAACUGUACCCUUGAGCUGGCCACUCUUGGAGACCUGAAGCUGGUUGAAAAACCCCAGCCAGUUGUUCUUGCACCUCAUGAUUUCUGCAAUAUUAAAGCUAAUGUCAAGGUUGCCUCAACAGAAAAUGGAUUUAUCUUCGGCAACAUAGUGUAUGAUGUGAAAGGCUCAACUAGUGACCGCAAUGUUGUCAUCCUCAACGAUAUCCAUGUGGAUAUAAUGGACUACAUCGUGCCAGCCACAUGCACUGACCUUGAAUUCCGCCAGAUGUGGACAGAAUUUGAGUGGGAAAACAAAGUGACAGUCAACACCCAGAUGACUGAGCUAAAGGCCUACCUUGACUACCUUUGCAAGUCUACCAACAUGAAGUGCCUCACCCCUGAAAAGGCGCUCAGUGGCACUGGAGACUACAUGGCUGCCAACCUUUAUGCUCAUUCUAUCUUUGGGGAGGAUGCAUUGGCCAACUUGUCCAUUGAAAAGCCUCUAGACAACCCUGAAUCCCCAGUGACUGGCCACAUAAGGAUUCGUGCCAAGAGUCAGGGAAUGGCUAUCAGCCUGGGAGACAGAGUCAACAAGGUGCAAAAGGCAACUAUAAAAUCAGUUGGUGCCUGAGCAGAAGAAAGUCUCAUUGCACAAUGGAUGGUAGUGUUAAGAGUUAUGUCACUGUUGCUCCCAAUGCAUCAUUUUAGGAUUGCAAAAACCUGACAUUAAGCUAUGUAUGGCAUUCCUACAUCUUUAUUGUUAUAAAAAAAGGUAAUUUUUAUGUUGGUGCUUAGGGUUUCUAGAGAUUUAUUUCCUUAUAAGUAUUGUAUUAUUUAAUUCAGCUGUUAACAUAAUUGUAAAACUUGUUUUUUAGAUUGAAAGAGAAACCUAGUGUAAUAAAUAUGAAAUAUAUCAGCCAUUACAUGGGUAAUAUUUAUCACUGGUUUAGUUUUUCAUUAAAAUGUGUAAAUCUC